UAUAUUUUUAUUUCAAAUUUAAAUAAAUGAAACAAUAGUGUAUAACUGACAUUAUUCACGAAAAAAGAACAAAACCAAAAAAUAUAUCAAAAUGCCAUCUGAAAAAUCAAUUUACAAUCCAAAUACGUUGAUCAGUCGCAAUGCAUACAUUUCGUCCAUGGACGAAUAUCGGAAAUUCUACGAAGAAUCUCUGAAUAAUCCCGAAGAGUUUUGGUCUCGUGUGGCCAAGCAAUUUCAUUGGGAAACUCAAGUUGAAGCUAAAAAAUUCUUGCAAUUUAAUUUUAAUAUUUCCAAAGGACCUAUUUUUAUUAAAUGGAUGGAAGGUGCCUCAACGAAUAUUUGCUACAAUUUAUUGGAUAGAAAUGUACGCAAUGGAUUAGGGGAAACUAUUGCAUAUUAUUGGGAAGGCAACCAUCCUGAUGACUAUUCACGUGGUCUAACCUAUCGCAAGCUCCUCGAAGAAGUAUGCCGUUUCGCGAAUGUUUUGAAAGAUCAUGGCAUCAAAAAAGGUGAUCGUGUUUCGAUUUACAUGCCAAUGAUCUUAGAGCUACCAAUUGCCAUGUUGGCAUGUGCCCGUAUCGGUGCUGUACAUUCCAUUGUAUUUGCUGGAUUUUCAUCCGAUUCCCUAGCGGAACGAAUGUUCGAUUGUAAGGCUAAGAUAUUGUUAACAGCCGAUGGUGGCUGGCGUGGUGAAAAACCACUCUACCUGAAAGCUAUCUGUGAUAUUGCGUUGGAGAAGGUCGAAGAGAUGGGUCAUAGUGUGGAAAAAUGUAUUGUAGUAUCGCAUUUGAAACGGGUAACCCCGUGCAAGGAAAACUACCAAGAAGAGGACAUUCCAUGGACGGAUGAUCGAGAUUAUUGGUGGCACGAAGAAAUGGAAGACAAAGAACCUGCUUGCUAUCCUGAAUGGAUGGCCGCUGAAGAUCCAUUGUUUAUGUUAUAUACCAGUGGAUCGACGGGAAAGCCAAAGGGUGUUUUACAUACUACAGCUGGGUAUUUGCUUUAUGCUGCAACAACAUUUAAAAUUGUAUUUGAUUAUAAGCCUGGUGAUGUGUUUUGGUGCACAGCUGAUAUUGGCUGGAUUACUGGGCACACUUAUGUUGUGUAUGGUCCUUUAGCAAAUGGGGCUUCUUCAGUUUUGUUUGAAGGAACGCCAUUUUAUCCAGAUAAUGACCGUUUCUGGGAAGUUAUUGACAAGUACAAGGUCUCACAAUUUUAUACAGCUCCAACAGCUAUUCGUGCUCUGAUGAAAUUUGGAGAUGCACCCGUCAAGAAGCAUAAACUUAAUGAAUUGAAGGUUUUAGGUAGUGUUGGAGAACCUAUCAAUCCUGAAGCUUGGCUUUGGUACUAUAGAUUAAUUGGCAAAGAGAGAUGUUCAAUUGUUGAUACAUUUUGGCAGACUGAAACUGGUGGACAUGUGAUAACUCCACUUCCUGGAUGUACUCCAAUGAAACCUGGUUCAGCGUCCUUACCAUUCUUUGGAGUUAAGCCAACUUUAUUAGAUGAGAGUGGUAUUGAAAUAACUGGUGAAGGUGAAGGAUAUCUUGUAUUUUCACAACCUUGGCCAGGCAUGAUGAGAAGUUUAUACAACAACCAUGAACGAUUUGAAGACACAUACUUUUCCAAAUUCCCAGGAUAUUAUUGCACUGGAGAUGGUGCUCGUCGUGAUGCUGAUGGUUAUCUCUGGAUUACCGGCCGUGUUGACGAUAUGUUAAAUGUUUCUGGUCAUCUUAUGUCAACUGCGGAAGUUGAGUCAGUACUAACCGAACACAAACGAGUUUCCGAAGCAGCAGUAGUAUCUCGCCCUCAUCCUGUUAAAGGUGAAUGUCUUUAUUGCUUUAUCACACCCAAUGCAAAUGAAACUUUCGACAAGCAACUUGUGGCCGAUUUAAAGAAAUUAGUACGCGAACGUAUCGGUGCAUUUGCCGCACCUGAUGUUGUCCAACAUGCUCCAGGCCUGCCCAAGACACGUUCGGGCAAAAUUGUACGAAGAGUUUUGCGAAAAAUCGCUGUCAACGAUCGAGAAAUUGGAGACAUCUCAACUCUUGCCGAUGAAGGAAUUGUAGAACAACUUUUCCUCAAUCGGCCCCAAGAGGCAAAGUAAACUUAAUACUCCUCCCCACUCACCACACACGGAGAUAGUUCAACACAAGAAAAAUGAUGUAGAAAAAAAUAUUAUAAAUUUUUCUCUCCUAACCUCUGUCACUCUGUACAUUCUGUGUUAUUUUGUCAAAACAAAAAAUAACAAAAAAAAAACUAAAGAUCUAUAAGCUGUUAUACAAAUUCCAACAUAAAUUUUAAAUUAUACAA